AUGAAGCUAAAUUCGUCCAAGUAUGCUUUUGGGGUUUCCUCAGGAAAAUUUCUCGGGUUUAUGGUUUCACAGAGAGGGAUCGAAGCAAAACCCGAGAAGGUCAAGGCCAUCCUUGAAAUGUCUUCAUCCAGGACGAUCAAAGAAGUGCAAUCCCUCACAGGAAGAAUAGCAACCCUCAACAAGUUCGUCUCGAAGGCCACAGACAAAUGCCUUCCAUUCUUCAAGACUUUGAAGAAAGUGUUUUCCUGGACAAAGGAAUGCAAAACGGCGUUCCAAGAGUUGAACGCAGCAUUGAUCAGAGAAGAAGAUAGGUUGCAACUUCCUGUAUACUACGUCAACCAGGCUUUCCAGGGUGCCGAGGCGCGGUAUCCUAGCAUAGAAAAGAUCACAUUCGCCCUGAUUGUGGCUUCAAGAAAACUUCGUCCAUACUUUAAGCCAACCCCAUCAUUGACAGCCAUAAAAGCUCAGGCGUUGGCCAAUUUCAUAGCAGAAUUCACCACCCCCGAGAACAUAGAAAAUCUCUGGACGGUAAACACUGAUGGGUCGUCCACUCAGAAAGGAGGCGAAGCAGGCAUUGUUAUUACUUCCCCUGAAAAAGAUGUUCUCAAGUACGGGGUUCAGCUCAAAUUCCCUGUAACCAAUAACGAGGCAGAAUAUGAGGCCUUGCUGACGAGAUUGAAAAUAGCUCGGGCACUCGGAGGUGAAACUAUUAUGCUCAAGAGUGACUCGCAGCUCGUCAUAAGGGAUCAGAAUGCUGAAGCUGACGAGGUAGCACGAAGUGCCUCAACAGACAUCCAAGAUAAAAUGCUUGAUUGGAGGCUGGAAGAACAAAAUUCCCCUAGCAUCCAGGAACUUCAAACUCUCUCGGUGCACACCAACCCUGGAUGGACGAGCCCGAUUCUGUCGUUCCUUCGAGAAGGACGACUACCGCCAGAUCCAGAAGAAGCCAAGAAGAUCCAGAAACGAGCCGCCAGAUUUACGAUACUUAAUGACAAACUCUACAAAAGGGGUUACUCCCAACCAUAUUUGAGAUGUAUAGAAGAGGAAGAAGCCAAAUACGUCCUGGAAGAAGUGCACGGAGGAAUCUGCGGAGACCACAUGGGAGCAAAGUCCCUUGUCAGGAAGAUCAUGAGAACAGGCUACUUUUGGCCGACAAUGCAACAAGACGCAGCCAAUUUCGUGAAGAAGUGUGAUAGUUGCCAAAGGUACGGAAUUGUUCAAUGA